AUUGAAGUCAAUUGUGAAAUUAAUCGUGGUCUGCCUCCUAGAUAGUUAUUCAGGAGUUAUGUCCCUUUCCCUUUGCAAGCAUGUGCGCAUGAAAGUCCAAUUUUAUCACAAAAACGGAAUAAUUGUAAAAACAAAAUAACAUAAUUAGCACCCGGAACAUUCAUUUAAACGAAAUAUAUUAGUACUAAGGGUGAUACUGGGUGAAAUAUUGCUGACUUUGGAUGGAUUUUGUGUACUUUUGAUUUGUGUCGUCUGUGGAACGGAUGGGUAAGUAAAAGUAAUGCGCAUGUACCCCAUCAGUGGAGGCUGAAUCAACUUCCGAUUCCGAAUCAAAGUAACCUGUAACGGUGAAACGAGGGAGAUUUGAUAUGGAAGAAAUCGAAGUUUGGUGACAGAAGAAAUGAUUGAAAGAAUUUCAAACAGUAUGGCUGAAAGUGAUGAUACGGGAAAGCGGAAACGAAAUGACAAUGACACCAAUACAGUGUUAGAGUUGGAUUACAAGGUAUUCAAUGAUCCUAUUCACGGCCAUAUUGAAAUUCAUCCCCUUUGUAUGAAAAUUAUUGAUACACCAGAAUUUCAACGUCUACGGUAUUUAAAACAACUAGGUGCUUGUUAUUAUGUCUUCCCUGGUGCUUCACAUAAUAGAUUUGAACAUUCCAUAGGUGUCUGUCAUCUUGCUGGUGAGAUGGUCUGUAGACUUCAAAAACAACAGCCAGAGCUUGGUGUAACUGAUGAGGAUGUUUUGUGUGUGAAAAUAGCUGGUCUGUGUCAUGAUCUAGGUCAUGGUCCAUUCUCACAUUUAUACGACGGCAAAUUUAUACCGUUAGUUGUUUCAGAAUCUAAAUGGACACACGAAGAGGCGUCGAUUCAAAUGUUUGAUCAUUUGAUAGAAAAAAACAACCUGGAGAAAGAUUUUCUAGAAUAUAAUUUGACGUUUAAGGAGAGAGAAUUUAUUAAAGAACUAAUUAAUGGACCAUCGGAUGACAAAGAUAAAGGUUCAGAUAAAAAGAAAUAUCUGUAUGAAAUUGUGGCUAAUAAAAGAAAUUCAGUGGACGUAGAUAAAUUUGAUUACUUUGCUCGUGAUUCGUACAUGCUGGGGAUCAAAAACAAUUUUGAUCAUAAUCGUUUCAUGCGAUUUUGUCGUGUCAUCGAAGAUGAAUAUGAUGAAAAGCGGAUCUGCAUCCGUGAUAAAGAGGCAGAGAAUUUAUAUGAAAUGUUUCAUACACGUAAAACUCUACACAGUCGAGCUUAUCAGCAUGCUGUUACACAGGCUGUAGAAAGUAUGAUUGUAGAUGCAUUGAUAAUAGCUGAUAAAUGUGAAACCUUUACAUUUCUCGGUACAGAUAAGUAA